UCCCUGUGGCCUCUCUCCUCCAUGGCCCUCCUGGCUCUCACCCUGGCGCUGCUGGCAAUGACCGUGGCCACCACAGCCGUCGAGGAAAAGCCCCUGAACAUGGCCCUGCACUCCUUUGAUGACCAGUACCAGGGCUGUGGCCCUGCCAUGGAGGAUGAGUUGCCGGCCCUGAACCGCGCUGAAUUCCUGAAGAAUUCUCUGUUUGCCCAGGUCUGGGCAAGUGCCGAGAAAAUGUGGCAGUGUCAGGGGUCCCCAGUGUCCCCUCUGUCAUCCUCAGCCCAGGCCAUCGCCCUCAUGGCCUACACCAUGGAUGAUCUGUACAGGGACUUCAACAAGAAUGUGAGUGUGGCUGGGCGCUCCAGCCAGCAAUACCGGGACCAUUUCCACUUCAAAACUCUGCAUUUCCUGCUGACCGGGGCUGUGCAACGGCUGCGGGAUGCUCAGGGGAAGAAAUGUCGCUGGGUGUUCCGAGGGGUGAAAAAGAACAAGUACAAGGCAAAGGUUGGAGACAUCGUACGGUUCGGUAAAUUCGCAUCAUCAUCGAUUAAUUCUAGUUCCACCAAUAUUAUCAAUCCCACCACGGUGUUCAAGGUGCACACGUGUUACGGUGCGUACAUCAAAAACUUCUCCAGAUAUCCCAAAGAGGAGGAGGUGCUGAUCCCACCCUUCGAGAAGUUCGUGGUCACCAAUGUAACCGACACCGGGGAUAACGUGCAGAUCGAUCUUAACUCCACUGGGACCCACAGCAAAUACAACUGCGAGUGGCAGACACGUGGGAACAGCCUGGGGUCAUUGGAACACACACAGUGUCCAAGGCACACCCAUGUUGCUCCAGUGGUGACAGGUCCUGUGUGCUGGAUGUGGAAGCUUCCCCAGCGCCCCCUGCCAACUUGGAGGACUCCUCCUGGCCACCACAGCCCUGGCACUGGCCACCGGCAUCCUCUGAGCCACCAAGCCACCAAGGUCACUGAGGUCAGCAAAGUCACUGUGGCCACUACAAUCACCAAGACCACCAGGAACUCCAGGAAACAAAGUCACCAAGGCCACCACAGCCACCACUGCCACCAUGGCCACCUUGGCCUCUGCGGCCACCAUGAGGUCACUGUGGCCACCACAGCCACUCUGUUCACCAUGGUCACUAUUAUCACCAAGGCCACUGUGACCACCAUGCUCACCAAGACUCCCUGA